GAUUCUGAUUCAUAUCAAAGAAAAGUAGCCUGAACUGUGAGACAUGUAUCGAUUUACACAGGGAUUUAUUUUGUUUAUCCUCCUCCCUGCGACCUUCGUAAAGGCUCAGCAGAUCCAGAGAGCCACAGUGUUUUGGGAUGAUGUUCAGAGGUCUGUAGUGCUGAAAGAGAAUGUGAUGGAAGAGGGAGGAGAUGCAUUCGGUUAUUUCAAUGAUAGUUUAACUAUUUCUGGGUGGGGAGUUCUGGAACUGCGGGCUGGUUAUGGAAAAUUGCAGGAGAACGAUGAAAUUCCAUACUUUUUGGCCGGAUACCUCGAAGGGUUCCUUACAGCCUCACAGAUGAUAAACCAUUACUUUAAUAUGUACCCUCAGCUGAUAAAAAAUCAUAGCAUUAUGAAACCUUUGAAACGCUUCAUGAGUGAACAGGACUCAUGGACAAGGGCACAAGUGAAAUUAUAUGGGAAGAGUGAUAACCCGUGGCAUCAUGUGGGACUUCUAGUGGCUCAAUUGGAUGGACUGCAUGCCGGGGCGGCAUAUUGGGCCAAAAGUAGACAGGAGGAGCCUCUGUCCAUGUUUGCGGUUCAGUUCCUCAAUGGUAUUGGGGAUUUGUUAGACUUAAUCCCUGUUCUCAAAAGACGUUCCAACUCUUCUUCUGACUCCUUCAGAAUGCCAGGCAUGGGUCACUGCUCCGCUCUCAUUAAGAUGUUACCUGGCUAUGAGAAUCUACUGCUUGGUCACUCCAGCUGGUAUACCUAUGCAGCCAGCAUGAGAAUCUACAAGCACUGGGACUUCAGCCUGAAAAAUAAACAUAAUGCCUCCAGCAGACUGUCCUUUAGCAGCUACCCUGGGAUCUUGUCUUCUCUGGAUGACUUUUAUUUGCUGGGAACUGGAUUGUUUGUAACUCAGACCACAAACAAUGUGUUCAACUCCUCUCUGUUUUCCCUGGUGACGCCAGAGGCUUUGUUUGCAUGGCAGAGGGUGCGUGUAGCACAUGUGCUAGCCCGCACAGGAAAGCAGUGGGCCCAAAUAUUUUCCAAGCACAACUCGGGGACCUACAAUAACCAGUAUAUGGUGGUGGACCUCAAGAGGGUUUCACUUGGCAAGAAAAUUGACAAUUGGAGUUUGACUAUUGUGGAACAGAUUCCUGGUUUGGUGGCGUACUCAGAUCAGUCACAAGCGCUGCGUCAUGGUUACUGGGCAUCCUACAACAUCCCUUUUCACUCAGACAUUUACAGAAACAGUGGUUAUGCUGUGAUGUGGAAAAAGUAUGGGGAAGACUUCUCCUAUGACCUCUGUCCACGUGCUAAGAUUUUUCGCAGGGACCAGGCUAAAGUAACUAACCUGGCCACCUUGAAAAAUAUUAUGAGGUACAACGAUUACAGAAAAGACCCAUAUUCGAAGAAGCACCCAUGUAAAUCCAUCUGUUGUCGUAAUGAUUUGAGACUCCGGCGACCUCAUCCAGGAGGCUGUUAUAAUACUAAGGUCACAGAUCAUCACAUGGCCCAAAUGUUUACAGUCGAAGCUGUGAACGGACCCACUACUCAGAAUGCUCUUCCACCUUUCUCUUGGAGUCAUUUCAAUCAGACAGCUCAUCAAGGGCUCCCUCAGACCUACAACUUCACAUUCAUCACCAUGCAGCCCCUACUCGUUUCUCAUAUAGAGCAAGCCAAGAGAUCUAGCCAGGACAUGCUAAUAGUAGUCUAGUGCAGUGUAUGGACAACAGUUUAGUGCUUACAG